AUGAGAGAAAAGAAUCCGCGUCCUGAGCGCGCGGAAUGCGCGAAAACGAAGGUGGUUAGGAGUGUUACCAGAGAGGAGAGAGAGGGAGAAGCACGACCGGUUUUGGGGUUGUUCUGUUUGCGAAUACCUGAUGAUGAUGAUGAUGAUGAUGAUGAUGAAAUCGAGGCGCAAAAUGAGACGCGAAAAGAAAAGACGACCGAGAAGACGAAGAGAGGAGGGAAGAGAAAGAGAAAGCAACGACACGAGUGCGGUGUUUGUGAGAAGGUGUUCGUGAGCGCGUCCCAAUUGGCCACACACGUGCGUAUUCACACGAACGAAAAACCGUACGAAUGUGAUGUGUGCGAGAAGUGUUUUCGUGAUUCUAGUACUUUGAUAAGGCACAAGCGUACGCACACGAAAGAGAAACCGUACGAAUGUGAUGUGUGCGAGAAGCGCUUUCGUCAUUCUAAUACUUUGCAAAGCCACAAGCGUAUUCACACGAACGAGAAGCCGUAUAAAUGUGUCGUGUGCGAGGCGCGUUUUAAUCAACUUGGUAGUUUGCAAAGCCACAUGCGUAUUCACACGAAAGAGAAACCGUAUGAAUGUGAUGUGUGCGAGAAGCGUUUUCGUCAUUCUAAUGGUUUGAAAUACCACAAGCGUAUUCACACGAAAGAGAAACCGUACGAAUGUGUCGUGUGCGAGAAGCGUUUUACUCAAUCUAGUCAUUUGACAAACCACAUGCGUAUUCACACGAACGAGAAACCGUACGAAUGCGAUGUGUGCGAGAAGAGGUAUCGUCACGCUAAUACUUUAAAGUACCACAUGCGCACUCAACAUUAG